AUGGCUUCCGGCGCAAAGAAGCUGAUCCCCUCCGAUCCGGAAAAGGUCAUGGUCAUUCGCAAGGUCACGCCCGACAUUGUCACGUUCAGCACUCCCUUUCAGCGCAUGGGACGCAUCAGCAUUGGAGGAAGGGGAACUCUCGUUCGCCUGCAAAACGGCUCUCUCGCGAUAUUCUCUCCCGUCGCCUUGACAGACUCCGUGAAAGAGACGACAGCAUCGCUCGGAGGUCCUGUGAAGUACAUUGUCGCUCCAGAUCAAGAACACCACAUCUUCUUGGAGGCGUGGCAUAACGCCUACCCGCAAGCUACUAUCCUCGCUCCCGACACUCUCCCAGACUAUCGCUCCAAGCAGUCCUACCCUUCCCUCUCUACGGCAACAUGGCAUCUCUUCAAACCGCACCCCGCUCCCACCACCGUCUCGCCCGACUUCGACGCCGACUUCGACAUUGAAUACGUCUCUGCCCAUCAGAACAAGGAACUCGCCUUCCUUCACAAGCCAUCACGCACCCUCAUCCAAGCCGACAUCCUCUUCAAUCUCCCCGCGACCGAGCAGAUGAGCAAGUCCGGCGUCUCACCCACCCAAGGACUGUUGACCAAAAUCUUCGCGGGACUCAUGCACACAAGAGGCGAGGCGACAUGGCAGAGGAGAAUGAUUUGGUAUGGCACAUCGGCGGGUGAUCGGAAGGGAUUCAACGCGAGUAUCGGCAGGAUCGCGAAGUGGGACUUUGACAGGCUGAUUCCAUGUCACGGAGAUGUGAUUGAGACUGGCGGGAAGGGCAUAUUCGACAAGGUUAUGAAGUGGCAUCUGGAUGCGUUGAAGCAGCAGGAGACGGCGAAGUGA